AUGGCAGGAGGUGUUGGAGUACAGCUCGCGCCGGGGGAAGGAGGAGCAUCGUUGUGCAUCGCUGGUGUCAAGCAUGGGAGCCCAGCCCAUGCCGCAGGGGCAGAGGAGGGUGAUACGAUCCUAAGCGUCAACGGGAGGGCGGUGGCGAAACUUCUUGCUGGACCUGUCGGGACGUCUGUGAGGGUGGAAGAACUUGGACCCAGAAGUGGUGAUAUGGGGUCCGGCCUGCAGAAACCAGUGGCUCCACGGCAUUCAAAUGUGACCAAGAAGGUCGACAAUGCUGCUCAUGGGAAGGUGAAGGUGGAGAACAGCAGUAGACUUGAGGAGCGAAUUGAACAAUGUAAACACGCUAUGACUGGAUGUCAAGAGCUCCCCAAGGAGAGAAGGAAACAGAAGAGGAUGGCAUCCUUGUUCAAGUUCCUGCAAGAAUGGGCCAUUGAGCUGGGAGCAGGAGAUGUGAAGAGCAUUCCAGCAGAACAGGGAGGAGGGACCAGUGGGGUUAUGUUUCGCUGGCAGGGGUCGAAUGAUCGCUGCAUGCUGGCAUACCUGAACGUUGAUUGUUGUAUCGGCGAGGAAACAGCGGAUGAGGGGGAACUGAGGAAGGAGAAAGUCGAGCAAGUUGAGGACGAUCAGCAGGAAUCUUCUGCCAGAUCUUCGACGGAGAGUGAAGAAUUUGUUAUGUUGCAAGGCGUAUCGGACGGGUUAAUCUCAACCUGUCUUUUCCUGCACGCAAUUGAGCUGUACAAGCGAACUUGUACGUGCUUACCGAUAUCUGUGCAAGCAAUCGUAGAUGGCGAGUUUGCGUCGGGAAGCAGUUGGCUUGCAAAUCCUCAGCUGAAGCUCUGGUGUGAAGACGGCCAACCGCAUCAUGAAGCACUUUCCCAGCUCCGAACGAGGGGAGGAAACAGGCAGAGGAAGAAGAAGCAUGGAGAUGGAGGAGAUGAGGGUCAAGUGCUCAUCAGCGACUCUCCUUCCUUCAUCACCAUGUUCUCCGCGCUUCCAUGGUUGUUCGAUGAUCAACCGACUGUUUGGCUGGGAGCAGGAGGAAGUUUUGCGGCUGAUGUGGAGAUGUCGUCUCGUGGCAAGGAUGCAACAAGAGGAGGGGAGGUGUACUUGCCGACUAGCAUCGCUGCCGGCAUUGUCGAUGAGCCCAUUGCGCGCUUGCCAGUCCUCCUCCUGUCAGUGCUGGAGCGGGACGGGCAGUUGUUGAAGUCAUUACAGGGGGAGAGGGAGGCGAUUGCGGCUGCCAGGCUGUCGGCUGAAAACGUCAAGGUCAUGAUGAUGUGCUUGAAGCGACACGCUUGUCAGUCCUGCAAGGAUGAAGGAGGGGACAGGCAGAAAGGAGAGGUAGAAUGGGAGGAGCUCAGCGAAGAGCAAGUCCGCAGGAGGUUGACGGCAGCAUGGUUCAGCUGUGACUUUGUGACGGAGAAGGUGGUUGUUGGCGGCUGCAAGGAAGAGAAGGGACGAGGGAGUUUACGGCUGCCACUCGGUUAUGCGACCUCCCGCCAGGAGGAGGAGGAGUCAAGUUUGUUAUGGCAGCAUCACUUUCAACAUGGCAUGGCCAGCUUCGGGGUGCCUCCGCAGACGGCGACGCAUGCGCAUGCUCGGAUCACGGCCACGCUUCCUGCUGGUUGGGACGCUGACGGAGUGCUUGGAAGUCUGCGAGCAAAGCUGGAGGAAGAGGAGAAUGUCAGGGUUCAUGGCGCAAAGCAACUGCUUCCUGCCGUCGAGUCAAGACAAGAUUCUAUCAAUGUGAAGGCCAUGCACAUGUCCCUUCUCCGGACUUUUGGAAAAGCUCCCCUGCUGGCAUACAGCAGGUCCGGGGUUCCCGCUGCGAGCAGGAUAAAGCAGCAGACAAAGGCUCCGCUCUACUUCUUCUCUCCUCUUCCUUCCUCCAGCUCCUCGCGUCUCAUGCUUGCCCACUACCUGGAUGGUCUCAGGUGCUCAAUGUGCUAUAUGGAUGCGAUUUUCCACCUUGUUAAGUGA